AUGACAGUGUCCUGGAAUAUGGGCCUCAUCACUCUCAUCAGGACUAACUCCAAUCUGCACACACCUAUGUACUUUUUCCUCAGUUACUUGUCCCUGUUGGACAUCUGCUAUGUUUCUACUACUGUCCCCAAGAUGCUCUCAGACUUCUUCAAGAAGCACAAAUUCAUCUCCUUUAUGGGGUGCACCAUGCAAUACUUCUUCUUCUCUGGCCUGGCUCUGACUGAAUGCUGUCUCCUGACAGCCAUGGCUUAUGACAGAUAUGCUGCCAUUUGUAAUCCUCUGCUUUACACAGCCAUCAUGUCCCCCACCCUCUGUGUGCAGAUGGUGGUGGGAAAACAGCCUUCAAGGCUGGCGGGCUCAUUAUCCCAAUUGUGUGUCAUACUUCAGCUCCACUUCUGUGGGCCUAAUGUCAUCUACCACUUCUUCGGUGACAUAUUUCAACUGGUAGUCCUGUCCUGCACUGACACUUUCUUUGUACAACUCAUGAUGGCUAUAUUGACACUGAUCUUUGGAAUAGUAAAUGUCCUAGUUAUCAUGACGUCCUAUGUCUAUUUUGUCUUCUUCAUCAUGAACAUCACUUUAGCUAAAGACAGGUCCAAGGCUUUCACCACCUGUGCUUUUUAUACCUCGGGUAUGUUUGUCUACUUGCGUUCCAGCUCUGGUGUUUCCUCCAGGUUCAACAGAUUUGCAUUGGUCUUCUACGGUGUGGUGAUUCCCACACUGAGUCCCUUGGUUUACAUCUAA